CACGCGGAUUUGUAUUCCUCAUGCACACGCACGCGCUCCACCAGCACCAGCGGCAGAGCUUCAAUGCGCUGCUGUUCUGACGCGGCGCGAGGAAACCUCCACCUGGUACCAGCGUCCGCUUGUUUUCAUCACCGAGGGCACCUCAGACCCUCCGACUCGGAUUUACGCGCAUCUCAUCUUCUGAUUCGUGGAUGCAUCUGACAGAUUUGAUCAGGAGGUCUGCGGCACGUCUCAUCCCGGGAACACGCGGAAAACCCAACGCCCUUCUCAACCCGACCAUGCGUACCUGUCUCGGUUUAACGUGCGAUGGAGGAUGCUUCGAUGCGUUUGCGUGUUGACUGAAGAUAUGCAAAUGACACGUUAAGGUGUCGCAUGUUUCAUGGAUCGUUUCAUGGAAUCGUAACCUGGUCUUAUUUCUCAAAGUCAUCUCACGCCUAAAAACCGAAUUUACAUCCCAAAACACUCAAAUGCUUUGAGAUGCUUUUUCAUAGACGAGACUGCUGAGUGAUUUAUUGUAAGAUGGGGAACAGCUUCUCCAACAUUGCCGCAUUCCAGUCCUUGCACAUAGUCAUGCUCGGUUUGGAUUCAGCCGGCAAAACCACCGUGCUGUACCGGUUAAAGUUCAACGAAUUCGUCAACACCGUUCCCACCAUCGGCUUCAACACCGAGAAGAUCAAGCUCAGCAACGGGACGGCCAAAGGAAUCAGCUGUCAUUUCUGGGACGUUGGAGGUCAGGAGAAGUUGAGACCCUUGUGGAAAUCCUACAGCCGGUGCACGGAUGGCAUCAUUUACGUGGUGGACUCUGUGGAUGUGGACAGGCUGGAGGAAGCCAAGACUGAACUUCAUAAGGUGACGAAAUUCGCAGAGAACCAAGGAACGCCUCUGCUGGUGAUCGCCAACAAGCAGGACCUUCCCAAAUCCCUAACGGUCAACGAGAUCGAGAAGCAUCUGGCUCUUCAUGAACUGAGCCCGUCCACCACGUAUCACGUCCAGCCGGCUUGUGCCAUCAUUGGAGAGGGUCUGAAUGAGGGCAUGGACAAACUGUACGAGAUGAUCGUGAAAAGACGGAAAUCUCUGAAACAGAAGAAGAAACGAUAGAUGUUCGGUAGAUUUCAGUGUUGCCAGGAAAGAUACGCGGGUGUUGCCUUGGUGUGCAAGAUUUGGGUGAAACUUUAUGAUAACUUCCAUUAGUCACGUAGAUUAUGUUCAUAACAAACGUUAUGUAUUACAUAACAGUUUUUUCAUUUUUAUUUGUAUAAAAAUGUUAUUAAUAGGCUUUCAUGAAUAUUUACGUUUCAAUGAUUAGUUACUAUUGAGAUUUCUUUAAGGGAGCCAUUUGAUUGGCCCAAAACUUUUUUUUUAAUGUUGUAAUUCCGUUUGAUGCCACUAGUGGCGCUGCAGUUACACACUUCACUUUAAUCCAUUUACGGCGUAUUAGUGCAAGUUAUUAUAAAGUGUUACCCAAUACUAAAAAAUGUAAUUGAAGUGCUAAAUAAUAUUCUUAUGUUAUGAACCAAAAGAAAAAACAAAAUGCAUAGAGAAAUUAAAAUAGCGCUAGUUAAAAAUGUUAAAGGCAUCGAAAUAAAAUAUCAAAUGGGCCGGACCCAUUGCUGCUUGAUAUUAACAUUAAUAUUGCUUUGGAUUUAACUGCUAGCCUGUGAUAUUUGAAGAGACCCUAUACGAAGAAUAGUUUUGUUAAGAAAUCGUUCCUUUUAAAAGUACCGAAUGGUGACGAUUACGCACUCAUGCACCUGUACGUGGUUUUGACCGAUGUUUGUUUUUGGUUGUGCUUGUUUUUGUUCUUUCUGAAAACAUAACAGAGCAUCGAACCAUGCGGUUCCUGCUCCACCAGAGCGGAGUCUGCAUUAUUUUUCUGUUUGUUUCUUUUUCUUCCUGUCUUUCUUUUAAAAAGUUGGUUGAAUUGGCUGACGCGGGCCUUGAACGUGAACGGAUGCGUUUUGUUUUGCUGAAAUGCUAGGUUGUGUAUUAUGAAACCAUGUAGUGAAAUGAAGACUGUUUAUGCACAUGAUGCCAAAAAUAUUCAAAAUAAAUGAUACUGGAAUAUAAUCCCAUUA